UUUGACGUGUGUCAAGUGACAAUUGCUUUACUUUAAGAUUUCUAAUCAAAUUCGUUAAAUGUCGAAGUUAAAUUACAUUUAUCUGGAAUAAUCAUAAAUUUCACUCUGCCGUAGUAGUUGCCUGUUAGAUACGGAUUCGAAAAGUAUUGCUACCAAUAAGUGUUGAAAAGAUUUAAUAAUUUGUGGCCCAGUAAUAAAACCACAAAAAAUGCAGUUAACUUCAGAUCCCAGACGUGCUGACCGUGAACGCCGUUUCAAGCCUCCACCGCCAAAUUCGGCUCCGGCAGAGGACCUGACUACGGAUUACAUGAAUAUUCUUGGGAUGGUUUUUUCAAUGUGCGGCUUAAUGAUGAGACUCAAAUGGUGUGCCUGGGCAGCUGUCUUCUGUUCCAGUAUCAGUUUUGCCAAUUCAAGAAUAUCUGAUGAUACAAAGCAGAUUGUAAGUUCAUUCAUGCUUUCGAUCUCAGCAGUUGUGAUGUCAUACUUACAAAACCCUGCACCGAUGUCUCCACCUUGGACUGCGUUAACCACAUAGAUUUCAUUAAAAAUUAUCAAUGUUAAAAUGUUAGCAAUAAAUAUAUUUACACUA